AUGUCGACAACGACACCAGGCGAUGACCACAACAAAGCAGACGAAGGUGUCGUUCCUAUGACCCAAGGAGUACAGAUACUGGCAGCGAUCGGCCUGGUGAUGCUCAUUUUGUUAACGGUCACGGGCAAUGCAAUGACGGUGAUAGCGUACUUGCGGGAUAAAAAACUCUGCUCUGUGUACGAUUUCUACUUGUUUCAGCUCGGCAUCACGGAUUUACUUCUAUCCGCGAUCAUUUUACCUUUUUACACGGCGUACACCCUCAUGGAUUUCGCGUGGCCGUUUGGAUCCGCCGUCUGUAAGGUGUACCUCGUGUGCGACUUCACGCUGUGUUUCCAAUCUAUCAUGCUGAUGCUGAUCAUUAGUUUAGAUCGACUACUACUAAUUCAGUUGGGACACUCCUACAUGAUCAAGAUUACAAGGCGCGUGGGCAUCGCCCAGGUCGCCUGCGCCUGGCUCAUCUCAUUCCUGAUGUUCUCCCCGGCAAUAAUCGGCUGGGACACCUGGGUUGGCUACUCGACUGUAAAGAGCAUGGAUUGCGUCGAAGAAUUCGCGAACGACCGCGUCUUCACGACGAUAACGACGUUCAUCGAGUUCAUUAUCACAUUUGUAUGUAUGACGACACUGAAUGUUUUAAUUUAUGUAAAAAUAAAGCAACGCGCAGAGGUGAGUUCGGUCACAAGCAUUCGUUUGCAAACGGUGUCAACGAUGAAUUCGGCAAAUCGCGCAGCGACAGCUGCCCCAAUGCCUUCAGUAUCACGACGUCAUCGGAAGGCGGCCAAGUUUCUCGCCAUGCUGGUCGUGGCCUUUUUUCUCUCCUGGGCGCCCUAUUCUAUCACCACUGUGCUUAUAUCGUUUUGUGAUGAUUGCGUGAACACAAGUUUGUACCAGUUUUUCACCGUUCUUCUCUGGAUGAAAUCUGCUGUAAAUCCGUUCCUGUAUGCGUUCAACAGUCGAAGAUAUUGGAUGCAUUUCCGUCGGUACCUAUCGUGUAACGGCAGGCUUCACCUAUCGUGUAACGGCAGGCUUCAGUUAAGGUAA